UUUCGGCCUUGACAAAUGCUUAUUGAAUGCUUAAUGUUUCUGUUUGUGUUGAACAACAUUGUUUCCUCUCACGGUGAGGACGGUUGACGCUGGAAUUACCAAGUUUGUGUUCGUCGAUCUCUUGCCAGAUAGAAACCAAUUUCACAUUUUCGUUGGCUGAUGUUAUGCAAACAACUGUUGCAUGUUGUGAAAGCUUGUUUUUGUAGAGAGUUUUCAGAUGCGUGUAAAUAAAACUUUUGUCUUCUAACGUGGAAGGUUACGACCGUCUGGAUUUCCAAGGUGGCUAACAUGUCGUCGUUGUCUUUGACAAAACAUUCAAUAUUAUUAUUUGUUAUCCCGAUUUUAUACACUGUUGGGGAGAAAAUCAAUACCUGCAUUUGGCAAUAUAACAGCUAUGAGAGAAGCAAUGAAACCAACCCUGGAGUCAUCCCUGUAGACCUUCGUUGUUCAAAAGGAUUUUUGGAGUGGCGCCAGCCCAAAGGGGGACUUCAAGUGAAAUUCAAAACCCCUGUCGAUCUUCUUGGAUCUGAUUUCUCUGUUCGUUUGAUAUCAAAAAAGGACCUUGCUGUUUUUUAUGAAGAAGUGGAUAAUGGCUUGAAAAUUCUUAGAGGCUUCGAAGAGUACGAUCCGAAAUCGGCAAUCAAUAUAGGAUCAAAAGAUGGAGAGGCUGGUCUCUAUGUCGUUGCACGUACUACGGAGGGUACAGAUAGUAGUGACAAUGUCUUGCGAAUUGAUUAUGAACUUGAACGAAAAGAGCAGAAAUCACCAGCUCAAGAUUGCAGAAUGUGUAGCACAUUGAAAAUGGCUGAACUGCUCUGCAAAGGCGACUUUGCCGUCAAAGCCAAAAUCCAGAACAAGUAUCUUCACAAUGACGGGCAACACGUGUUUCUGGAUCUCCACGUAUAUCACAUUUACCGGCAGCUUGAAGGUAUAUUUCUUCGGGUUUCAGAAGGAAGUUAUCACAUUGGACGUGUCAGGAUGAUUGGAAAAUGUUCACCUCCAAAAGGAAGGCAUCAUUACAUAUUUCUCGGUAAAAAAGGAAGAGGUACGAAGGACGCUCAGGUUGGGUGUUACAUGAAGUUCUCCUUAUGGAAGAUGAUUAAGCAUCAGAUUAAAUGCUCAGGUUCGCGAAGAAGGAGAGGAGUCAGCGCUUCAAAAGACAUUAAAGAUGUUUAUUACCAAUCGAAAAGAUAGGGGAUAAGAAGACUGAAUCCAAACGAUUAGUCAAUACUUUCAUACAGAAACCAGGGACUUCCAACUCCUUUAAAAUGUGUGGGAUGGGAAGGGGGACGGCAGCUGUUGGGUACAUUGGCCUCGCUCAUAUUUGGGUGCUUAGUCUAUUAACCGCCUCCACUUCCCUAAACUGCUUUGCUUGAAAAUUUUCAAUAGAUUAAAGACCACAUAUUGCUAGCCAUGCAAAUGAACAAUCGUUACAAAUGCAAAAAGUGAAAAAGUCUCUUUUUGAAUUUGAAAGGGAAGCAUCUUUUGCCUUCCCAGACAAGUUUUGUACAUUUUUGAAAAUUUGGAUUGAACCACCUACCUAAAUCUCAUUACACGACACCUUUUAAUUGAAAUUAAUAAGCUUUACUCAUCUCAUGGCAUGUUUCUUUUAUGUUUUGCUAUGAGCAAAUAUGCAAAGUUUUUAAGGUAGUGUAUUUAAAUAACAAAACCUCUAGGAAAUGGUUGUCACGAGAAAGAAUGACCAAAACAAAUCGUUUCAUGUUUAUAGAUUUGAUUAACUGGUGGAGAACCUUUUUUGACAUUUAUUGAUGGUGAUGUUGAAAAAAAUUAUUUAAACUGGCUUUGGAAUAA